AUGGCCAAAGUCAGGAGGCUUGCAGGGAAGCAUUCACUUUUGAUAUUCAAGGGUUUUGAAGGCGUUGAUAAAACCGACUACAUUGCAAAGGCGAGGGAGAUGGGGGAGGUAACACCCUGGGUUUUUGGCGAAGUUCUCGAAGUGAAGGAAAAUCCUCAUUUCGAUUUGAACAACGUUCUCACAUCGGAGGCGAUGCCAAUGCAUUUUGACGGCACUUUCAAAACGAAGCGGCUUGCUGAUGGAACUGUUGUUCCGGAUCCUCCAACCUUCCAAAUGUUCCAAUGUCUCGAGGCACCCCUAUCACACACUGGGGUCAAGGACUCAGCCUCAGAUAUUGGUGGCCGCACCCUGUUCGCUAAUACGGCGAACAUCUUUGCCGAAUCGCUUUCCCGCUCACCAUAUGCAGCUGAUGUGAAGAGCCGUAUGUGGACAGUGUUUAUGCCUGCCAAUAAGAAUUUUGGCGGAGACGAGAUCAAGGUGCCAUUGUUGCAGAAAAACUCCUUGACGGGUCAUCAGGUCUUGUCGUGGCAUGAACCAUGGCCCCAAGAGAUCACUGCCUUCAAGCCGACGGCUGUGAAUAUCAUUGGUGUAUCACCUGAGCGCUCCACGGAAAUUAGCAACCGUGUCACUGAGCUGUUGUAUGACCGUCGAUAUUGCUACGAGCAUACGUGGGAGCGAGGCGAUUUUCUAAUUGCUGACAAUGUUGAGCUGAUACACGCUCGCACUGCUUUCAAGCCUGGCAAGCGAGAGCUAUGGAGAAUCCAUGUUAAUUAA